AUGAUACAAAAGAAGCCGCCGCCCGGAUCCGCACGCCUGGAGGAAGAGGAGGACGGAGACAUGCCACCGUACUACGACUCGGACGAAGACGAAUCCGAAGACAACCUCAACGAAUACAUCGACAACGACGACGAAGACGACGACCACGCGAUGAAGGCGGCCAACGGCAGGGAACGCAUCACCAUCAUCGGCACGGGAUGGGCCGGCUACACGCUGGCGACAUCACUCGACGAGCGCAAGUUCGCCAUCACCAUCAUCUCGCCGCAGCCGUCGCUCGUCUACACGCCGCUCCUGGCCAGCGUGGCCACGGGCAAGUUCGCCUUCUACCUCGCCGAGGAGCCCAUCCGCGGCAAGAAGAAGGGCGUGCGCUACGUGAAAGCCAGCGUCGAGGCCAUCGACUUCGCGCGGCGCCGGCUGCGCUGCAAGACGGCCUUCGACUGGUGCCGGCAGGACGACUGGUUCGAGGAGUCGUUCGACCGCCUCGUCAUCUGCCCCGGUUGCGUGCCCAACAUGUUCGGCACCCCCGGCGUCGAGCGCCACGCACAGUUCGUGCGCACCGUCGACGACGCGCGCCAGCUGCGCCGCCGCCUGUUCGAGCAGCUCGAGAAGGCGUCCAUGCCUGGCCUGACGGAGCAGCAGCAGCGCGACAAGCUGCGCGUCAUCAUCGUCGGCGGCGGCCCCACCGGCGUCGAGAUCUGCGCUGAGCUCUGGGACUUGGCUCAGUCGGACUUGCUGAAGCUGUAUCCCGGCGUUGCCGACAAGCUGAGCAUCGCGAUUCAUGACGUUGGGCCGCAUAUUCUUAGCGCGUACGAUCAGAAGCUGUAUGAGUACGCGCGCGAGCGGCUGAUGGAGCGGAAUGUGGAGGUGCGGACGAACUCGCACAUCGAGCGCGUCGAGCAGAACGAGCUGUACACGAAGGAGGACGGCUGUUUGCCGUGCGGCUUGCUCAUUUGGGCCACGGGCAACAAGAAUGUGCCGUUGAUUGAGAGGCUUGAUGCGAAGAAGUACACUUCUGGAUUGGUGCGUCUGCUUACGGACAAUCGGCUCCGCAUUCUCAAGCCGAAAAACGAUGGGGAUCAAGGGGAAGAUGAGAUUUGGGAGGGGGUCUAUGGGCUAGGAGAUGCGUGUGAUAUCGAAGACGCACCGCUGCCCACUACGGCGGAGGUGGCAACGCAGAAGGCGAAGUAUCUUGCAAGUGUCUUGAACAGCGGCUCCGAGACGCCGUACAAGUUCCGGCCGAAGGGCCUGGUCACUUACAUCGGCGGCCGUGAUGGAAUCAUUCAGGACAGAGAGUGGACAGGGAAAUUGGCUUGGCUGUCUUGGAGGCAGGGAAGUUUGACGUGGACGAGAAGCUUUAGGACGAAGUCGAUGAUCUUCCUGACAUGGGGUGUUAAUCGGCUGUUUGGUUCAGAGUUGGCGAGACUUUGA